AUGCUCCCUAUUCUAGAGGGGAGAAUUAUGGCAAUGCGCGCCCUGGGCGGUUCCUGCGUGAGGGCCGGCGCUCGGAUGGACGUGAGGGUAUUAUGGGCAGGCUCCGCAGGUAGUUAUUGCUUGCAGGGUUCUGAGCAGAAGGCGCUCUUGGCAGACUUUGCGGUGGCGUCCGACAUCAGGGAUCCAAUCCCGCGUCUACGGCGAGAUCGUUCCUCUGUCGCCCGGGCUGGCCGCGAAAGACGGUGGCGGGAGCAGGAAGUGAGUCGCAGCAGACAGUGCGAGACGUGGUCGUGA